AAUGAGGGAAAUCAUUUGGUACUUGUCUUUCUCCGCCUGGCUUAUUUCACUGAGCAUAAUAUCCUCUAGCUCCAUCCAUGUUGUUGCAAAUGGUAGGAUUUGUUUCUUUCUUAUGGCUGAAUAGUAUUCCAUUGUGUAUAUGUACCACAUCUUCUUUAUCCAUUCAUCUACUGAUGGACACUUAGGUUGCUUCCAUUUCUUGGCUAUCGUAAAUAGUGCUGCAAUAAACAUAAGGGUGCAUAUAUCUUUUUGAAUCUGAGAAAUUAUAUUCUUUGGGUAAAUUCCAAGGAGUAGAAUUCUCAGGUCAAAUAGUAUUUCUAUUUUUAGUUUUUGAGGAACCUCCAUAUUGCUUUCCACAAUGGUUGAACCAAUUUACAUUCCCACCAGCAGUGUAGGAGGGUUCCCCUUUCUCUGCAUCCUCACCAGCAUUUGUUGUUACUAGUCUUUUUGAUGUUGGCCAUCCUAACUGGUGUGAGGUGAUAUCUUAUUGUGGUUUUAAUUUGCAUUUCCCUGAUAAAUAGCGAUAUGGAGCAUCUUUUCAUGUGCCUGUUGGCCAUCUGAAUUUCUUCUUUGGAGAAUUGUCUGUUCAUAUCCUCUGCCCAUUUUUUAAUCGGGUUAUUUGCUUUUUGGGUGUUGAAGCAUGUGAGUUCUUUAUAUAUUUUGGAUGUUAACCCCUUGUCAGAUAUGUCAUUUACAAAUAUAUUCUGACAUACCUUUGGAUUCCUUUUUGUUCUGUUGAUGGUGUCUUUUGCUGUACAGAAGCUUUUUAGUUUGAUGUACUCCCUCCCAUGUUCAUUUUUGCUUUUGUUUCCCUUGCUCGAGAUGCAUUCAGGAAAAACUUGCUCAUGUUUAUAUUCAGGAGAUUUUUGCCUAUGUUGUCUACGAAGAGUUUUAUGGUUUCAUGACUUACAUUCAGGCCUCUUCAAGGUCGGGGGGGGUGAGGAUCUGCCUCACCUCUGUUGGCCCCCAGUUUCUCUCCUGAUGGCCCCUCUGUGACUGCCUAUCUUAGGUUCUUUCCUUGAGGAAUCUUACCCAUCUCUGGCUAACCAGUCAUCUUCCAUGGCCAAGCAGGGUGAUGUGAGGCAAGUGAGUGAAAGAGAAGCAGCGUCCUUUGAGAGGGUCAGUUUUCUGUCUCCUUGGUUGUUUAUGCCUCCAUGGCCUCCAUGCCCAGCACCUACUUUGUGGUUCCCUCACCAGCCAGUGGAGCCCUAGCUUAGACAAUAUAUUUUGGGGAACUCAGGCUAUUUAUUCCCUUUAGAACAGCAGAGUUUGGUUUGUGAAGGAAGGAAAAAGUUACAGUAUCAGUAAUAGAAAAAAGGUGAAAAGAUUAGAAGUUUUCAGAGAACUGAAAGCUUUCCCCUCUCAUUUUGAAAUUGAAGCCAUAGUUGUUGUAGGUUAGUUGGUCUGUGUAGCUUCUUCUCUUGAAGGUUUGCCAGCCAACUAAUAUCAAAACAAAACAAUUAUCGCAAAUACCAAAGCAAGCAAAUACCAGAAGGUAUGUUUUAACAUAUUAAAAGGAUUGAAGCCUUUAAGAUGUUCCAGAACUUGUUUUGCUAGAUCUCAGGAAUCUAUCAUAUCCAAUUGAGCAUUUUGAAUGUCUAAUAUUUUGUGAUGCAAAUUAUGUAAAUCAAGGCUAAGGUUCAUAUAGUGCUGUACUCGUAGGAGAUGGCUAUGAGUUUUGUGCCGUUUCCACUGAGAACUGUUAUAAGGUGCAUUGGUAACACGGAUGCUUUUAAAUGCAGCAUGGCAUCGAAGCCAUAACUGCCAUUGGAAGGAUUCCACCUCAUUGCCUAUAGCCAACAUUGUACUUUCUAAGGUAGCAAGUUGGCUCUGUAUCUUUAAAUCAAUGUCUUCCUGAGUUUUUAGAGCUUGAGAGAUGUUAUGAGCCAAUUGAUUAACAAAUUGGGCAGUAUGUGUAGAUUGUGAGAGAUCCACAGCUGAAGUAACAGCAUGAUGAGGAUGGAAAUAGCAGUCACUAAUCCAGCAAUUGUAAGUCCAAUAGAUCUCUGGCUUCUGGAGAGUUCAUUUUUCAUUUCUAUAAGGGCUUGUGUUCCUGGGUCAUCAUACUAUGGUUCAGGUAGAUUAGAUGGUAACAUAAUAUAUGGUGGUUGGGAAAGAACUAAGACGUUUUCCCCUUUGUUCUAGGUAGACACACAUGUGGUUAGAUUACAAUUUGUACAGCUAAUAUGAUAUAGAUUUCCUUGAAAAGAGACACUAAAAGGUCCUACAAGCAGCACAUGUGGGGGUUGUAUGCAGGUUCACACUCCAUAAGGAUGCAUAAGAUGUGAGGCACUUGAAGAGGGUGAAGAAAAGUUAACAUCGUCUGCGGUGGCCCAAAUACACCACAGUUCACGUUGCAUCUUGUGCUGUGAGGUGGUAAAAAUGGGUGAUAUAUAUUCUCCAGGUGUCAUUCAUCUUGAACAGGUCCAGUUAAGUGAUGGGACCAGUUGUAUACUAAUUCUGAGGUUGUAUAGUAAUUCUAAGUUUGCGUUGGGCAGCCAGAGGGUGAGCACAGUCUACCCAACAGACGAAUUUUUCCAAUUCUACAUUGGUAGUAUUUGCACAGUAAGGUAAAGGAGGACGAGUUGGGUCUACAACAAUGGUGGUGGCUGGUAGCCCUACAAAAGAAACAGCGGAUAUGUAUUUGUCAAGGGCCCAGGGCCCAGUAAUGGUGGCUACUUGGCCACGUCCUGCAGCAGUUUUCGUUACAUGUCCUAGCAACAAGCAUCCAUCCAUGGGUUGGUGGGCUCCACAUAAAGGAGGAUCCACCAUCUGUCCAGAAUAAUUAAAUAAUGCUAAUUGCUGCCAACACAGUCCAUCUAGUCCUGGGUGUCCUUCCAGAAUCCAGGAGUCAUUUACAGAUUGGGACCGACUCAUCACCGCAGGAUGAAUAGUCAGAAGAAAAGAAAAGAUAUGGAGCCUGCUUGUACCUGGAGUUUAUUGUCUCAACAGAAAGCUGCUUCAAAUUCUCAGGCUUCAAUGUCAUGGAAGGAGCUUAAAGGUAGAUAUCUUUUGUUUCACUCUUUUUCUGUUUUAGGAGUAGUGCCUCCCACAAACCUGGCCUCCCAUGUUCCCAACCUGGAUUACCGGGAAGUAUUUAGAAACCAUCUAAAAGAAAAAUACCUAAAAAUAGGAGUUGAUAAAUGUUAUCACCAUGGCAAGCAUAUAGAGUCACGACUACUUAUUGUAAAAGAACAUGGUAUAUCAGAAAAGACUCCUUGUGGAAUUCCUCAAGAAGAUAAUUUUAUUAAGAUAGAAGAUGUAUUUGAUCCUGAUGAAGAGGGCUCCAAUUCAUCCCAAACUGUGGUGCUUCAGGGAUGUGCUGGGAUUGGAAAAACAGCUGUGGUACACAAGUUCAUGUUUGAUUGGGCAGCAGGAAUGGUUACUCCAGGGAGGUUUGACUAUCUCAUCUACAUAAACUGCAGAGAAAUAAGCCAUACUGCUAACCUUAGUGCUGCUGACCUGAUCACUAACACUUUUGAAGAUAUAGAUGGACCAAUCCUGGAUGUUAUUCUUGUAUAUCCAGAGAAGCUUCUGUUCAUUCUUGAUGGAUUUCCUGAGCUUCAAUAUCCUGUAGGUGACCAGGAAGAGGAUCUUAGUGCUAACCCUCAAGAGAAGAAGCCAGUAGAGACCCUCUUAUGUAGUUUUGUGAGGAAAAAACUAUUCCCUGAAUCCUCCCUGCUGAUAACUGCCCGCCCGACGACCAUGAAGAAACUCCACUCUAUGUUAAACCAAUGUAUCCAGGCAGAGAUCCUCUGGUUUACAGAUGCUGAAAAGAGAGCAUAUUUCUUGAGUCAAUUUUCAGGUGCUAAUGCAGCAAUGAGACUCUUUUAUGGUCUGCGAGAAAAUGAAAGCCUUGACAUUAUGUCUUCUCUUCCCAUCAUCUCCUGGAUGAUCUGCAGUGUCCUGCAGUCACAGAGAGAUGGUGACAGGACUCUUAUAAGGUCACUUCAGACCAUGACUGAUGUGUAUCUGUUCUACUUUUCCAAGUGCCUCACAACCCUUACAGGCAUCUCGAUGUGGAAGGCACAAAGUUGCCUGUGGGGCCUUUGCUCUUUAGCUGCAGAGGGACUACAGAACCAGCAGGUCCUAUUUGAAGUCAGAGACCUCAGAAGACAUGGAAUAGGAGUGUGUGAUACCAACUGCACUUUUCUCAGUCACUUUUUGAAAAAAGCUAAAGGAAGUGUCAAUGUCUACACUUUCCUUCACUUCAGUUUCCAAGAGUUCUUGACUGCUGUAUUCUAUGCCUUGAAGAAUAAUAGCAGCUGGAUGUUUUUUGAUCAAGUGGGAAAAACAUGGCAAGAAAUAUUCCAACAGUAUGGAAAAGGGUUUUCAUCAUUAACGAUACAGUUCUUAUUUGGCCUCUUACGUAAAGAAAAGGGAAAGGCCGUGGAAACUACUUUCGGAAAAAGAGUCUCUUCAGGACUUCGAGAGGAGUUAUUGAAGUGGACUGAGAAAGAAAUAAAGGAUAAAUCUUCUAGGUUACAGAUUGAGCCAAUGGACUUGUUUCACUGUUUGUAUGAGAUUCAGGAAGAAGAAUAUGCAAAAAGGAUAAUUGAUGAUUUACAGUCAAUUAUACUGCUUCAACCUACCUAUACAAAAAUGGACAUUCUGGCUAUGUCAUUCUGUGUAAAAAGCAGUCACAGUCACCUGUCAGUGUCUCUGAAGUGUCAGCACCUGCUUGGAUUUGAGGAAGAAGAGCGAGCCUCAGUAUUCAUGACACCAGCCUUGACACUUAAUCGGUCCUUCCAGCUUUGCAAUUUGCCAGUGUCUCGGAUACACUUGCUCUGCCAAGCACUGCGUAAUCCAUACUGUAAAAUCAAAGACCUGAAACUGAUUUUCUGCCGCCUUACAGCUUCUUGUGGCAGGGACCUCUCCUUAAUAUUUGAAACCAACCAGUAUCUGACACAUUUGGAAUUUGUAAAAAAUACCCUGGAAGAUUCAGGAAUGAAAUUUCUGUGUGAAGGAUUAAAACAGCCAAACUGUAUUUUACAGACAUUGAGGCUGUACCGAUGCCUUAUCUCUCCUGCUUCUUGUGAAGCACUAGCUGCUGUUCUCAGCACCAGUCAGUGGCUCACCAAUCUGGAAUUUCGUGAAACAAAACUGGAAGAUUCAGCUUUUAAACUGCUCUGUGAAGGCUUGAAACAUCCAAAUUGCAAGUUACAGAAGCUCAAGUUGUGUGCCAGCUUUCUCCCUGAAAGCUCAGAGACUGUUUGCAAGUACCUUGCCUCUGUUCUCAUUUGCAAUCCAAACCUCACUGAGUUGGACCUGAGUGAAAAUCCCCUGGGGGACAUAGGAGUGAAAUAUCUUUGUGAGGGUCUCAGACAUUCCAACUGUAAAGUGGAGAAAUUAGACUUGAGCACAUGUUACCUCACAGAUGCUAGCUGUGUGGAACUGUCUUCUUUCUUGCAAGUGAGUCAGACUUUAAAAGAGCUGUUUGUGUUUGCCAAUGCCCUGGGGGACACAGGAGUACAGCAUCUCUGUGCAGGUCUGCGGCAUGCAAAGGGUAUAAUCGAGAAUCUUGUGCUUUCCGAAUGUUCCCUUUCUGCAGCUUGUUGUGAGUCCCUCACCCAAGUCCUAAGCUCCACCUGGAGCCUGACAAGGCUGCUUCUAAUUAAUAACAAAAUUGAAGAUUUGGGACUGAAAUUGCUGUGUGAAGGAUUAAAACAGCCUGGCUGUCAGUUAAAGGAUCUGGCAUUGUGGUCCUGUCACUUGACUGGAGAGUGUUGUCAGGAUUUGUGUAAUGCACUCUACACCAAUGAACACCUGAGAGACCUCGACCUCAGUGAUAAUGCCCUGGGGGAUGAAGGCAUGCAGGUGCUGUGUGAAGGGCUGAAAUACCCAUCCUGCAAACUACAGACCUUGUGGUUAGCAGAGUGUCAUCUCACAGAUGCAUGCUGUGGAGCCCUUGCCUCUGUCCUAAACAGAAAUGAGAACCUAACAUUGCUAGACUUAAGUGGAAAUGACCUCAAGGAUUUUGGAGUGCAGAUGCUGUGUGAUGCACUGAUGCAUCCAAUAUGUAAACUACAGACAUUCUACAUUGACACGGAUCAUUUACACGAAGAGACAUUCAGAAAGAUGGAAGCUUUAAAAAUGAGCAAGCCUGGAAUCACCUGGUAGUUUCCAAGGAGAGCCCCCAAAUCAGCUGCAUAUAGACCUAGCACCUCUUUAACAGUUGUGCAGUAUUCUUGUUCUAACUAAACAUGUUAACCUUUGAUGAGGAUGUUAGUGUGAUAGCUGUUUCUUACACAGAACCAUCUACUAAGUAGGAUUGGUUCAAAUAUCUUCAGCAAUAGUGCUUAUAUUCUUAUGUUAUGUUAUGAUGUUUACUAUGUUUUCACAAUAACCCUUGAAGGUGGGAAGAUGAGGCUCAGAGAGGUUGUGAGUAGCUCGAGGUUAUACACAGUUCAUUAAUGGGAGAGUUGGGACUGGAAUCCAGCCAGAUUUCUCAAUACCCAGACCAGGCAGGGAAACAGUAGAAAAAAAUACAUGUGAAUAAGUCUAUUUAAAAACAAGAUACUUGAAAUGACUAAAGGACAAGAGGGUAUACAAACACAUCUUAUGGUGCUGAUUUUGAGUAAAGCUACAGUUCACGAAAGAGAGGAAUGUGUUGGAUUAAUAGGGAAAGGCUUCAUGGAGGUGAGACUUGAUGUGGACCUUUAGAGUGAGUACAGUUGAGAUGGGGAGAUACACUGGCCAGUGGCUGUAAGACUGAAGACAACAGGGCUGUGUUUGUGAGCAGCUCACCAAGAGCACCCUAGGGAGAGAGAAAUGUUUGCUUUAGUUUCUUGAGCUGGGGUAGUAUCCAUAUCCUAGUCCCCAGGCUCAAUUCCCUUUCUGAGCUUUUAAUAUCUACCCCAUGUGUGUGUUCUUGUUUGUGGAUUCCUAUGGCUGACUCACUUCUCAUCCCUGACAGCAUAUUGUAUAUAGCCUAACAUGGAUCCUGCACAACCUCAUGUUUCUAUCUCUGCCCAGCUUCCAUAAAACAACAGAUAAGACAAAUGGAGAAGGGAAUGUGAAGCAAGGAAAACAGCACAAAGUCAGUGAAAUCAGAGCGAAUGUGGUGUGGGACCAACAGAAAAGUAGGCUGACCUGAUUAAAGUGUAGAGUUGUCUCUGAAAGCCACUUGACUAGCUGUGACCCUGAAUAAGUCACUUGGAUUCCUGGAGCCUAAGUUUUCUCAUCUAUAAUAAAAUGGGGAUAAACUGACAUUAUCCUUGCAGGGCUGUUGUUCCCAAUAUGGUGCAUACCUCACAGUAGGUACUGAUUAAUGGUAGCUAUUUGUAUGAGUGUGUACCUAUAACUCAGCUGUGUAGUCUUUGAGCUCCCAAAUUUUCUUGCUGUGUGGUUAAGUGAACUGUGCAUUUGAACUAAAUGUGUGUGCUGAAGGCAGUGAGUCUAGUGGGAAAAGAGACUUACAGUGGGAAAUUAUUGCAAGCAAGAGGUUCACGUGAUUCCUGUCCUCAUCGAUCAUUGUCAGUUGUUCCCUGCUGCCUUAGGAGAUGGUAACUCUCAGGCAGGAGACCAGGUCUGGCAUGGGAAGAAUAGUCAAGAAAGCAGUUUCUUUCUAGUUUUCUCAAGUUAUUCUAUCCCCUUUUUUAUUUAACACUUAUUUAUUGAGCAUUUAUUGUCUGCUGGGUUUUGUGUUAAGUGUUGCCCUUUCAGAGAUUAAUAUGCUUUUUCCUUUGCACUUACCCUGCCAUGUUCUCUGACUGCCCUAAUCCCUCUUCAGUCUGGUAAAGAUAAAUGUUAAAUGAAAAAUUGCAGAACUGUGUGUGUGUGUGUGUGUACCUGUGUAUCCUAUUUGUGUACAAAAGGAUAAAUAUGCAUGUGUAUGUAUAUAUGUCCAAUAUAUACAAGAAAUUGCCAACAUAAUUUGUCUCCAGCAAGAGGAAUUUGACAAGAAUGGGCAAUGGGAGAAGAGGAAAAGAUCAUUUUCAUCUAUAGCCCUCUAUUCUACUUGAUGUUUUUUACUAUGUGCAUGUAUUACUUUUAUAAAUUAGUGAACUUGAUGUUAAAAAUAAAAUUCAUUCACACCAAGGAGUUAUUUUUCUUCUUUUAA